AUGAGGAGCUCGAUGGUGUUGGAGAGAGAGGCAAGAAGUGAGAUAGAGAGAGAAGAAAGAGAUGACUUGGAGGAAACGCAAAACGAAGCAGAUGAGUUCAGGUCAAUUCCUCCAUGGAAGAGUCAAAUCACUUGCAGAGGAAUCGUUGCAAGCUUGAUCAUUGGUGUAAUCUACAGUGUGAUUGUGAUGAAGCUAAACCUAACCACCGGUUUGGUUCCCAACCUAAACGUCUCUGCAGCACUUUUAGCCUUUGUGUUCCUUAGAAGCUGGACCAAACUACUCACCAAAGCUGGGAUUGUGACCAAACCCUUCACUAAACAAGAAAACACUGUGGUCCAAACAUGUGCUGUUGCAUGUUACAGCAUUGCAGUUGGAGGUGGGUUUGGUUCGUACCUUCUUGCUUUGAACAAGAAAACUUAUGAACAGUCAGGAGAUCAUACGGAAGGGAAUAGUCCUGGAAGCACGAAGGAGCCCGGAAUUGGUUGGAUGACCGCUUUCUUGUUCUUUACAUGCUUUGUUGGUCUUUUGGCUUUGGUUCCUCUAAGAAAGAUAAUGAUCAUAGACUACAAGCUGACAUAUCCUAGUGGAACAGCUACUGCGGUUUUAAUCAAUGGCUUCCACACUCCUAAAGGCAAUAAAAUGGCUAAGAAACAAGUAUAUGGGUUUCUGAAGUACUUCUCCUUUAGCUUCAUUUGGGCUUUCUUUCAAUGGUUCUUCUCUGGUGGCUCAACCUGUGGAUUCAUUCAGUUUCCAACAUUCGGUUUAGAAGCUUACAGUAACUCAUUCUACUUCGACUUUAGCAUGACAUAUAUUGGAGCAGGAAUGAUCUGUUCCUACAUUGUUAACUUAUCUUUGCUUUUCGGCGCGAUUACUUCUUGGGGAAUCAUGUGGCCUCUCAUCAAAGGUCUUAGCGGAGAUUGGUACCCUUCAAGUCUUCCUCCAGGCAGCAUGAAGAGUCUCAAUGGCUACAAGGUGUUCAUAUCAAUCUCAUUGAUCCUCGGAGACGGUCUUUACCAUUUCAUCAAGAUCCUCCUAAUCACAGCAAGAAACAUGUACAACAAGCUAAAGAAUCACCACUCUGGCAAAUCAAAUUCCGAGAACGAUAAGAGAUCUAUUGCGGAUCUUAAAAGAGAUGAGAUCUUUGUAAGAGACAGCAUUCCUUUGUGGGUUGCAGCAGUUGGAUACGCAGCUUUCUCUGUUGUCUCCAUCAUCGCGAUCCCUCUCAUGUUCCCUGAGCUCAAAUGGUACUUCAUCGUCGUUGCUUACAUGUUAGCUCCGUCGCUAAGUUUCAGCAAUGCCUAUGGAGCAGGGCUCACGGACAUGAACAUGGCUUAUAACUACGGUAAAGUCGCUCUCUUCAUCUUAGCCGCUAUGGCCGGGAAAGAGAACGGUGUGGUCGCUGGACUGGUCGGUUGCGGAUUGAUAAAAUCGAUCGUCUCGAUAUCUUCUGACCUAAUGCACGAUUUCAAGACUGGACACAUGACUCUGACCUCGCCUAGGUCGAUGCUUGUGAGCCAAGCAAUCGGGACAGCGAUCGGCUGCGUCGUGGCUCCUCUCACUUUCUUUCUGUUUUACAAAGCUUUCGACGUCGGAAACCCUAACGGAGAGUAUAAAGCUCCUUACGGUUUGAUUUACAGAAACAUGGCGAUUCUUGGUGUUGAAGGUUUCUCUGCUUUGCCUCAGCAUUGUCUUCAGCUUUGCUACGGGUUUUUCGCUUUUGCGGUGGCGGCGAAUCUCGUUAGGGAUAUGUCGCCGGAGAAGAUCGGGAAGUGGGUCCCGUUGCCGAUGGCUAUGGCGGUUCCGUUUCUUGUCGGAGGGUAUUUCGCCAUUGAUAUGUGUGUUGGGAGUUUGGUUGUGUUUGUGUGGAAUAUGAGGGAUAGGGUUAAAGCCGGUUUAAUGGUACCGGCGGUUGCUUCCGGUUUGAUAUGUGGAGAUGGUCUUUGGAUUUUGCCGUCAUCGCUUCUUGCUUUGGCCGGAGUGAAACCUCCGAUAUGUAUGAGCUUCAUGCAGAGUAAAUAG